AUGCCUCCGGGCGGCAGGGCGCGGAGGCGGGGGCGGGCACCCGGAGCGCUCAGGACCCGCGCGUGGCCCCGGGCUGCAGCCGUCCGGGCCCCGGGCGGCGCCGUCCGCUGUCGCCGCGCGUCCCUCGCCGCGGCCCCGCAGCUGAUAACGCCCUGCCCGGCGCUACGUCACGCGCGGCGGCCAGGCGAACCCCCGCCCGGCGCCCGCCUCCCCGAGCCGGCCCCUCGGCUGCGAGGCCCGCUCCCCCUCGGCUUCCCCCUCUAG